AUGGAACAACAGAACACAUCAUCUCAUCCGCUUUUACCGCCUGGAUUUACCAAUCCUUCGUUUGCAUCCACUUUUUCAGGUAUAACACCAGCCGCUGGAAAUGUUAGUAACCCAUUGCUGGCUUCAACACUUCAUCAUCUUCAAGAACUUUCAGCAGCGCAAGGUGCUGCUGGCUUGCUACCAAACAGUUCUCAAUUGACUUUGGGUAGUCAGUUUGCAGCUGAACUCAAUAACAUUGCAGCAGUUAGCUGGCCCGCUGCUCCAAAUGCGAAUGCUGCUUGGCUUGAACAGGCUAAAGUUGCUGCCAUUUUGCCGAUUGAUGCAACAACUCUUAAUCCAGGCGAAAUUGAGCUCACUUUAGAGAACAAUAUUGCAGCUGCUAGCACUGUUGUUUCAUCUUCCGCCAUGCCGGUUAGUGCAGGUACUUUUCCUUGUAAAGUGGAGAGUAAUAAUGUGCAUAACCUAAGCUCACAACCCUCAACUCCGCAACAGCGAAGUCAACAGCAACCUAAUGCUACUAUGAGUUCGACACAAUCUUCUCCAGCCAAUGCAAUGCUUGUAAUUGACAGGCAACCAAGUUCCAUCCAAAGCCAUUGCUCAGCCGAAAUGAGACCUUGUUCGACUUCUUCCAUGGGUUCGUCUUCCGUUCCUAAUCAUUCAAGCGUUGGUUCAGUUGAUCAUUUGCCGGGCUCCGUAGGAAGAGCACCAAUGCCGGAAUCGGUCAGUGCCAUACGACCAUGUUCGCAACAAAGCAGUUCUGGUUACGUCAUAUCGCGCGGGAGUGAUCCAGCCAGCGCUCAGUCUCCUGCACAGAUCGCUGCCAUGCCGGUUGGUUCGCGUAAUUCAACUCCGCAGCAGAAAACGUUCGAUCCAGAUGCUGCAAAUCAGCCGACAGAACUGCGUACUGUAUCUUCUAAUGUGCGAAAUACCACUCCGGUUGAACCUUCUUCUGAAGCUAAUCAAAGCUCCUCAUCUGCAGUUCAACAAACGGGCACACCUCAUGAAAAUGGCGCAGACAAUAAUAAUUUGGAAGAUUUGCCAUGGUCCAGUAUAGAUCUUGCUGACAUUGACCUGUUUAGCGGGUCAUCUGUUGCUGAAAAAGAUGUUAUGCACUCCGUUCUGGAUGAAAUGGAUCCAACUGUGAUGCAUCGACUUUUCCUAAACGAGCCAUCCGCAGCCGCUAGUACAACUAAACUGCCGAUAAAUGUCUCACAACUUGUGACACCGAAAAUUCGAGAAAAGAUCAAACUAAAAAGAGAAAAGGAACUAGCCGAUGCCGAUAAAGAGUUGGAUAGACUUCUUUCACUUGUUGCCAAGAAAGAUGCGAUAUCGACACCUGUAUCUAAGAUUCCAAAAUCGCUUCAGGCGCUUGACCCAGUAUUGGUGACGAAAGCAGAUAAUUCAGAUGAACACAAAAUCAGCCUCAGUCCUGUCCAGUUCACGCCUCCCGAUUCACCCACAGCAUCCACCUCCGGUGGUGUUUCAUCAGCAUUAUGCAAUUUCUUUUCUUCAUCUGAUACUUCCACUAAUACUGCUGCUGUCCGUCCACGAUCCAUACGUAACGAGGUUCCUUCAGCAAAGACACGUUUUUUAUUCAUGCCACCAACGGAAAAGAAAAACAAAUCGAACAAAGUUCCUGUAUAUAAGCAGAAAGCAAAAACAUUUUUACCGUCUGUGCUCAAGAAUGAGGAACACGCUCUCGACGAUGCAUAUAGUUUCAAAGAUGAUGAGGAGGAAAGUAAACCAUUACCGUCUGGUGCGACAGUAUCUGAGACACAGCUACGAGAGCAAAGAUUGGAAGCAGAAGUUGCGCAGAGACUUGCACGAAUAAACAGUGCCCAUCCAGAGCUCAAAACAAAAAUUGGAAGUGAUGAACCACAACAUCAGCAGGAUUUGUGGAGGCAUGUCGUACCUAAAAAGCGGCAUUCAGCUGCAUCAGAAAGACCAUCUGUGCCUUCAACUCCUUUAUUGCCACCUGCUUCCGUCAAUGAACAUCGAACAGAAAAUUUAUUGAAUCAAAAGGUAGCAGAACCGCAAACAAUAGGGGAUUUAUUGUUACGCCGCAAACAACAUCGCUCAUCAUUUGGCUUCUUGAAGACGAAAUCUCUUGGCGAUAAAGAAACUGCCAAAAAUGAGCGACAAACAGGGCCAUCGGUGAUUACAAUUAGAAUGGAGCCAAAAACCGACUGUGGUACCGAAAACGGGACACAGUCGGAGCAACCUCUUCCGAAGUUGUUGAUCAGAUUGCCUCGAAGAUCAGUCGAUGGGAAUACCGUAGAAUAUGAAAAACCAAAGAAGAAGAAAAAAAAGCGAAAGAAAAGAGAUAGUGAUUAUGAAUGGGUAGGUUCCGAGUCAAAAGGGAAAAAGAAGAAAAAACGUAAACAUAAACAUCACCACAAGAAAAAGAGAAGACAUACAUCAGAUUGCGAGGAUGAACUUAUGAAUAAGCAUGAACAAUGGAAUACAUCUGAGAAUGCAAACAAAGAAACGACCGUGUUCAGUAAGAAGCGACGCCUCAUAAUGCAUUGGAACGAGAGAGAGGGAAAUCGUUUGGAUUCAGAGUACUACCGGAACCGAAAAUUGUCACUUGAAAAUAAUAGUUUAUACAAUGCGCGUUUUAAUCCGAUAGAGUAUCACGUUUUGUCGAAGUUUCAUCCAGUGGAUGGACAUUUAGCGAAAGGGACAUUCGUAGUCUGCAAAACUGAUAUCUUGAAAGAAGAUUGCCCUCUCUGGAGAGUUGAUAAUCAGAACUUGCUGCAGAAAUAUCCGCCCUUCAGUCUUAAUGGCAAAAUAGCUUACAGGAACAGUUCUACGUAUUCUGGUUGGUGUGAUCAAAUUGCUGACAGCUAUAUUGUUGUACGGGUACGUUUCAUCAAACACAGUCGUUCGGAAUCCAUAAUCGAGCCAGAAAUGCCAUUGUUAGACAUGUUUCCAGCAAUCAGCGUCGAAUAUGAAGAGCGUCCGUCUGUCAACUCAGGAAUUGCAUCGGAGCAGAAAGAUCUUUUCGCAGACGACCCGAUCCGGAAGCAGAUGGCUGUAUAUGUAAAAGCGAUGCUUAAUCAUGCACUUGAUAUGACAUUUCUCCAGACAGUAAGACAAAAAAGCGAGUGGAAUUAUUUAUGUGCUUUAAACGGCAUUGAUAAAUUAAACAAAGAACGGAAAGAGAAAGUACAGUUGCGAGUGAAGUGGAUUCAACGAUACUUAGAUUUGCUGCAUUUUUAUUCCUCAUGUGUGGUAUGCGAUUCGGAAGGCAGUGGCUUAAGUUGUCAGGCUUGUGGUAUUUCCGGCGUUGAGAAAGUUGUGCAGUUGUUUUGUAACGAGGGUUAUGAUUAUGAUACUCUGGAGGCUGAAGAAGUGUGUUACACAGGAUCUGGAUCUCCACUGCAUGCGGUGGAAUAUCUCGUUUGCUCACCUUGUGCAAAAUUGUCUGGAAUGUAUCACAAAUUACAUCACAUGCGUUACAUACUCCUGAAGAAUUGCGAAGAUAAGCUGGAAAAAGUUAGCGCUGGAAAUGCGGAUAUUUCGUCGGAAUUCGUGGUAGAGACAUGCAUGAACGAUGUUGUGUGGUUGCGUUCAGUUGUCAAUGAGUAUGCAGACCUAUGGCGAAGGAUUGAGAUGAAUGCUUGUUGA